UUAAAAUCCACUGUGGCUGCAGAAGGCUUCAAUACAUGAACGAUUAUCAACGGCCAUCAUCACAACUCCUGGCACCAUAUUAUUAUUGUUGAAAGAAUAAUACACAGGAAAGGAAUUCGUCAGAAAAUGACUGACAUGAACACUGGUGAAUGAUAAUGCAGAGAAUAAAAGACGGUAGCCAAUUGGGUUUAAGAAGAACGGCGGGAUUUCCUGUACGUGACUCUUGGAGGCCCCACCCUUUGUGUUUCCCUCACAGUAAAUCAAAACAGAAAAAAUUGACUAGAAUCUACGAUUGCAGCUGCCAUCGAUUAAUGUAAUCAUGUUUGGCGUGUGAUAAUACCGAGAUUCUGCGAAAUAAAAUAAUUCACGCAAUGACUGGUAUGUAAUAUUCAACAUAACAUCGGUAUGUCUGUGUACCCUUUAGCUAAGCUAAUGUUAGCUAACUAACUGGCUAAUCGUUUUCAACAGUUUAGCCAACAGUAAACGUUAGCCUGCAUGCUAGCCACAACAAUUAUCACAUAGCUACUUAUGAUUCGUAGCUAAAUGGCUUCCGUUUGAUCAUCAACUCAACAACCGCAACUGUAACGGAGGUCAGUCCAGCUUGAAGUGUAUAACGUUAGUGGAAUAACUAAAAACCAAUGUGCUGCCUUUUUCCGUGUGGAGAUUGAACUUAACUCUGGUUUGUUUUGCUUCGAUUCCUUCUUUCUGUGAUGUGUAGCCCCAGAACAGCCAGUGAAACAAGAGGAAAUGGCUGCCUUGGACAGCUGUCAACGCGAGUUUCUGCAGCAAGACGGUGGCACAGGAGACCAGGUACUGUUUAGAAAUUGUCCGCGUGUGCUUCUCGGUCAGGGUUUCAGUAAGUGCGUGGUGCUUUGUGAAGUUCACACGUUUUAAAUUUUGUAGUAAAAGUCGAACUUCCUGUGUGGCUCCGGACUAACGGCCACCCACUUUCUUCGUUUUAAACCCGCCCAUUGUGGGUAGGACACUCAGCCAUCACCGCUCGCUCUGCUGGCAGCUACCUGCAGCAAGAUCGGGUCGCCAUCGUCAGAGGGGGAUAACGGUGCUAUAGUGGUAAGUCACCACCUCUGGCUCUGCUAGAAUGUAUGUAAUCGACCCCAAAAUCUAGAUAUCUUUUUUAAAUAGAACGCGAGUGGUGUCGGCAGAGCUGUAGUUCAGCCUAGUGUGCUGUUGUGAAUGAGAUAUUCCCAAAAGGCACUCAUGCAGUGUGCUCAUAUUUUGAUCACACACUAUAAAUUAGGGUUCUCAUGCACCUUCUAGACAAACAUGAAUCUGGUCAUGAAACGCCUCUAAACCAAUCUUCAAAUCUGUUGCUAAAUCGUGUGAACAAGCAGCACCAAACUCAAAACGUUUGAUUUUUAUGCAAAUACAUGAUAUAUUUUAAAUUGUAUUUAAUAAUAACUCUUAAUGCCAUGUAUUUUCCAACUGGCUAGAUUUCUGAAUACAAUAACUAUUUGGCUUGCAGUUUAUGUAAGUCAAUAUUUCACUGCUAUGUCUAACAUUAACAUUACAUAAUGAAUCACAACAUUGCAAUCUGCAUCUUCUAUGCAAAUGCAUUGUUUUAUUCACCAAAACAAUAUUUUUUCUUCCACAGACUACAAACCUAACAUCCAUCCAGUUAACAGGGAACCCAGAUAGAUGGGAGGUUUUGACCCCCACAACAGCAGUGAACGAGGAACCUGGCAUGGUCCAAAUCCAGAGUCAACGGAUUGUGACAUCAAACGGACAGUAUGUUCUUCCUCUCCAGAACCUUCAGAGCCAACCGAUCUUUGUAACAUCAGGAAGCGACACCUCCGCCAACGCAGUGCCUAACAUUCAGUACAUUCAGACAGCUGAUGGACAGCAACUAAGCUUCUCCACCUCCUGUGUGGAGGGGGCCACUCUGAGCCAAGAUGCCACAGGGCAGAUCCAGAUCUUGCCCAGCGGAACUCAAACUAUAAGUGUGACAGGGGCUGGAGACAUCCUUACUAACAACCAGAACCUCAUAUCACAGACUGGUCAGGUCCAGCAGAUCCAGGGAGUUUCUAUCGGCAGCUCCACCUUUAACAACCAGGGUCAGGUUGUCACUAAUGUGCCUAUGGGGUUGCCAGGGAACAUCACCUUUGUCCCCAUUAACAGUGUGGACUUGGACUCCCUGGGCCUCUCUGGUGCUCAGACUAUAGCAACAGGGGUCACUUCUGAUGGCCAGCUGAUCAUGACCAGUCAGCCUGUAGACAGCUCUGAGAAUUUGGAGAAGACAGCUGACCAACUCUCACAAACUCUAUCUGUAAAUGACUCGAAUGCUAACACAGAAAUGUAUGUACCAACGUCCUCGGCCCAGCUGCCUGAGACCAUAGAUGAGACGGGUGUUCUGACCCAAGCCACAGAGCAGACGGAUCCCUCUGGUCUCCAGGAGAGCUACAUUCAGCAAAACGAAGUUCAGAACAUCCAGGUGUCCUCAGGCCAGUCCAUCAUCCAGCUGCAGCAGGUGCCGGUCCAGACCAGCGAUGGGCAGGUGGUGCAGGCAGCAGGUGGGCAGAACGUGCAGCUCUUCAACCCAGGGACCUUCAUAAUUCAGGCCCAGACCGUCACACCCUCAGGCCAGAUCCAGUGGCAGACCUUUCAGGUGCAGGGGGUCCAGAACCUGCAGAACCUCCAGCUGCCCACCAACCCAGCCCAGCAGAUCACCCUGGCCCCAGUGCAGGCCCUGUCUCUGGGCCAGGGAGGAGCGCAACAGAUCCCCAACCUGCAGACUGUGACAGUCAACUCUUUGGCCCAGACAGGCAUUCAUUUCCAACAGGCAGAGGACACUGAUAGCCCUGGAGGUAUAGUCUCCUCCUCAAUCAUCAAUAAGACAUGCCCACCAUUAUAGUGUAGAACACUGUUGGUUGUAUAUAGGAAACCAUGGGGGUCUGGAAAAAAAAGAGAAUCUGCAGGAAGUACUAUUUACAGUAUUGAGUCAUCGGACAGGAGCCUCCUGAGGUAUAAGGCAUUAGUUACGCUGCUCUGGUGAAGAUUAUUAUCUGUAUGUCACGUUGUUGUUUUCUUUGUAAGAAAAUUAUUUUCAGACUUGUAAAUGUACACACAUUUAACAAUAGAACACUAAACUUUGCAGGUCUUUAAACAAUUCUCUGACCAUGUAAUUAACACCCUUUUUAUAGAUCUGUGAGAUAUAAUUUAAGCAUAUUAUUAAUUCUUUGAAGAUUUAAAGGGAGUGUUAAUUAUCAAAUGGUUUUGUCAAGCUAUCCAUCCCACACAUUGUCAAGUUUGAACAAGGGUUUUGAAUUUGUUCAUAGCCAAACUGUCCGAAAAUCUUUUAAGCAUUUAGCGAAAAAGCACUUUUCACUGUGUGGCUUUUGCAAUCCAUUUAGCGUGCAAUUGUUAAUGCUUGUGUUCAUAUUGAUGUGUGGAUUGAUUGGUCUCCCUCCAGACAUCCAGAUAAAGGAGGAGCCAGAUUCAGAGAACUGGCAGCUGGGCAGUGACUCCACUCUGAACACCAGUGACCUGUCCCACCUGCGUGUCAGGCUAGUGGAUGAGGAGGACCAGCUCGACGAGGGAGGCAAGAGGCUACGCAGGGUGGCCUGUACCUGUCCCAACUGCAAAGAGGCUGGGGGGAGGUGAGUGAAUUCAUUUUAUAUCGGCUACUGUUAGAGUGCUCAACAGCUUAUAGUGGUCAGAAAUCACUGGAUGGAAUCUUUCCUAUACUAAUGAUGUUUAAAUUACAGGUUUUGGGGUCUGAAUGUGAAAUAUAAAUGUUUUCAUAUAUUUUGUAUUACCUCAAUUACCCCCCUCAAUCUAACACAGUCCUACUGUAACAACAUUCCUUUCUCAAAAUAAUCUUAUGUCUUCCAUUAGCCCCCGAAAAGUUGCACGUCUUGACUGUUGACCGGUCACCAGCAUUGGUGCGCAAAGGCCAAAAAUACAGAGCAAAUUCAAGUCUAUUUGGCUAUACGUACAGUAUAUGAGUGUGUUUUUUUGAUAUAUUAGUGUGUUUGUAUGUGUUCUCUCAGAGGAUCCAACAUGGGCAAGAAGAAGCAGCACAUCUGUCACAUUCCGGGCUGUGGGAAGGUGUACGGGAAGACGUCCCACCUGCGAGCGCACCUGCGUUGGCACUCUGGGGAGCGACCCUUUGUCUGCAGCUGGAUGUACUGUGGGAAGAAGUUCACGCGUAGCGACGAGCUGCAGAGACACAGGAGAACACACACAGGUGCACUCUCACUCACAUCAACAUUUGCAUUACAUUUUACAUUUGAAAACCUACCUUGUAGGUUGCAAUUUGCACCUUGCAUCCUCUUCUGUCUUCUGAAAUAUAUAAUUUAGUACAGUAGCAUUACAGUACAUUGUAGUGAUUUAAAGUGAUAUACAGUGAACAAAAAUAUAAACGCAACAUGCAACAAUUUAAAAGAUUUUGAUGAGUUACAGUUCAUAUAAGGAAAUCCAUCAAUUGAAAUAAAUUCAUUAGGCCCUAAGCUAUGGAUUUCACAUGACUGGGAAUACCUUUAAAAAAUUGUGUACAGAUCCUUGCGACAUGGGGCUGUGCAUUAUCAUGCUGAAACAUGAGGUGAUGGCGGAGGGUGAAUGGCACGACAAUGGGCCUCAGGAUUUCAUCACGGUAUCUCUAUGCAUUCAAAUUGCCAUCGAUAAAAUGCUAUUUUGUUCAUUGUCCAUAGCUUAUGCCUGCCCAUACCAUAACUCCACCGCCACCAUGGGGCACUCUGUUCACAACAUUGACAUCAGUAAACCGCUCGCCCACACGACACCAUACACAUUGUCUGCCAUCUGCCCGGUACAUUUGAAACUGGGAUUCAUCCGUGAAGAGUACACUUCUCCAGCGUGCCAGUGGCCAUCGAAGGUGAGCGUUUGCUCACUGAUGUGGGUUACGACACCGAACUGCAGUCAGGUCCAGACCCUGGUGGAGGACGACGAGCACGUAGAUGAGCUUCCCUGAGACGGUUUGUGAAGAAAUUCUUUGAUUGCAAUCUCAGUUUCAUCAGCUGUCUGGGUGGCUGGUCUCAGACGAUCCCGCAGGUGAAGAAGCCGGAUGUGGAGAUCCUGGGCUGUCAUGGUUACACGUGGUCUGCGGUUUAAUCCGCUUCUUCAUAUGCCACAUCUGUCAGGUGGAUGGAUUAUCUUGGCAAAGGAGAAAGGCUCACUAACAGGGAUGUAAACAAAUUUGUGCACAAAAUUGUAGCGAAAUAAGCUUUUUGGGCAUAUGGAAAAUUUCGGGUGUCUUUUAUUUCAGAUUAUGAAACAUGGGACCAAAACUUUACAUGUUGUGUUUAUAUUUUUGUUCAGUGUUUAUAUUUUUGUUCAGUGUAGUAUGGUCUGUCCUACUAUUAACCCAAGUCUGGUCUCUGUCUGUGACAGGGGAGAAGAAGUUUGUCUGCCCGGAGUGUUCUAAGCGCUUUAUGCGGAGCGACCACUUGGCCAAGCACAUUAAAACACACCUGAACAAGAAAGGAGUCAUGAACUCUGUGAGCAGUGCGGUGGUGGCCUCCAUGGAGUCUGCGGGCUCGUCAGACAGCAUCAUCACGGCGGGCGGCACUACCCUCAUCCUCACCAACAUCCAGCAGGGCUCCAGUAAUGCCCAGGACAUCCUGGCCAAUGCUGAGAUCCCCCUGCAGCUAGUCACCGUAGCAGCCGGAGAAGUCCUGGAGAGGGCCGAGUCACAGUGACACUCAUUAACUCUUCAUGAACUUCUGCAUCAUUCAUUUUCCCCGCUUUUUUUUAUUUUAUAUACAAACAUGAAUAUAUAUUAUAUUUUUAAGAAGAAUGAUAGCAUUAAAUGUGGUUACAAUACAUACCCACUAAAAUGCCUUAUUUUGUAUCAUAUUGUGGAGUUGAAAAGGUGGAACAGCAUGUGGUUUUUAAGAUACUGUCAAUUGCUUAAAGGUUUGAGUUAAAUGUGUAUACAAAUAUUGUUACAGAAAUUAAGCGAUUGGAUAUUGCCAGUCUAAAGCCCUUGUUGAUAUGUGUUUUAAUGACAGCCAUGGUUAGGUCUG